AUGAUUGACGAUGAUAGCGCUGAUGAUUUUGUCGCGACUGGGCCUGCAUUGGAGGUAGGUGGUUCUAGCUCUGGCACACAGCAGUAUCCACCACAUUUUUCCUCGUUGGACUUGGACGCCAUGAGACAUGAGGGGGUUUUAGGGCACGCUGUUGGAUUCGGAGCUAGAGAUGCGGAAGGGACUACUGGUCUGACAGAGUUCCAGGUUGGUCAGCAAUUCCAGGAUAAAGAUGAGGCCCUUUUAAGUGUGAAGACUUACAGCAUCCGGCGAGGGGUACAGUACAAGGUGGUGGAGUCCGAUCACCGCCGGUAUGUGGGCAAGUGUUCGGAGUUUGGGAAUGGGUGCACAUGGUUGAUUCGACUGAGUCUCCGGAAGCGCAAGGGCAUUUGGGAGGUCAAACGGUACAAUGGACCUCACACUUGCCUGGCCACAUCCAUCUCGAGUGACCACAGGAAUUUGGAUUAUCAUGUGAUUUCCGCGUUCAUUAUGCCAAUGGUUAGGGCCGAUGCAUCCGUGAGCAUCAAGGUGCUCCUGAACGCCACGGCAGCGCACUUUGGUUUUAGGCCGACUUACCGGAGGGUUUGGAUGGCGAAGCAGAAAUCUAUUGCCCUCAUAUACGGUGACUGGGAUGAGUCCUACAACGACCUGCCUAGGUGGGUCUUGGGUGUCCAACUGACGAUGCCUGGGAGUGUUGCGGUCCUGAAGACGAGCCCGGUUCGAGUUGGAGGACAGGUGGACGAAUCUCAAGCGUACUUCCACAGACUUUUCUGGACUUUCCCGCCCUGCAUCGAGGCAUUCCGUCAUUGCAAGCCGCUAAUCAGCAUUGACGGCACACAUUUGUAUGGGAAGUAUGGGGGAACGUUGCUCAUCGCGAUUGCACAAGAUGGGAACUCCAACAUUCUACCUGUGGCAUUCGCACUAGUAGAGGGUGAGAAUGCGGAGUCCUGGACAUUCUUUCUCUCGCACCUUCGACAGCACGUGACCCCGCAGCCCGAUCUGCUGGUUAUAUCGGACAGGCACAACGGCAUCAAGGCUGCGCUUGAGGCUCCUGACGGCGGUUGGCUACCUCCAUCUGCGUACCGUGCAUUCUGCAUACGACACGUAGCGGCUAAUUUUGCCCUAACCUUCAAGGGCAAAGACGCUAGGAGGCUACUAGUGAACGCGGCGUAUGCGAAGACCGAGGUUGAAUUUGAUUACUGGUUUGAUAUCCUGCGAUCUGAAGAUCCGGCGAUGUGUGAAUGGGCGAACCGGAUUGAUUACUCGUUGUGGACUCAGCAUCGUGAUGAGGGGCGGAGAUUCGGUCACAUGACGACGAACAUCUCCGAGUGUGUGAACUCUAUCCUGAAGGGGGUCAGAAAUCUCCCUGUAGCAUCCCUGGUGAAGGCAACAUAUUGUAGGCUUGCGGAACUGUUUGUUCGCAAGGGGAGAGAGGCUGAGGCCCAGAUGGGAACAGGACAACAAUUCAGUCAGCAUUUGGUGAAGUGUAUUGAGGCCAACAUGAAGACGGCCAGGUGCUUCACGGUGACGCUGUAUGACCGGGAUAACUCCGAGUUCACUGUAGCAGAGACAACUCCGACUGGUUCUUUCUCCUUGGGUACUUACAGAGUAUCACUUGCCUCUCGGACAUGUGACUGCGGGUACUUCCAGGCUCUUCAUUUCCCGUGUCAGCACGCACUUGCGUGCUGUGCAUACUCACGGGUCACCUGGACCUCUUACGUUCACAGCGUCUAUCAGAUUAGCUCGGUCUUCAAUGUGUAUCGGAUGGGAUUCACACCUCCCAUCCCGGAGGGCUUCUGGCCACCUUACGACGGGCCCACGGUGAUUCCAGACCCUGCCAUGAGGCGUGCCAGAGAGGGUCGUCCUAGAUCCACUAGGAUACGGACGAAUAUGGACGAGGCGGAUCCGAAUCGGCCAAAGAGGUGCGGCCUAUGUCGCCAACCCGGACACACGCGACGUAGUUGCCCACAGGUUGGAGGCUCGUCUCAGACAGGACACCAUUAG